AUGAACCCCGACAGCUCAGCGUACAAUAAAGGUAUGAGUAAGCUGCCACUUGAAGAGGAUGCAGUGUAUGGGCAGAGAGUGCUGGCGAGAGAUGAGCUCGGUAGCGUUGUUGGUGCGCCAGAAGAGGACGAUAGUAUCCAGUUUCUCCAGACGCAGAUGCAAUCCAUCCACGAAGAGACAGUAGCAAAAGAACAGCAUGAGACCAAGUUGAGUAGUCAACUAGGUCAGUUGCGACAGUUCAGUAAUUGUAGUGACGACACUAAUGUUCAGGUGAGUAUAAAUACCAUUAAACCUAAACCCAAAUCACGAACUACAAGACUGCUCAAAAAGCCCAAGUCUAAGAAGCAAUCAAUGAACUCGAUGGUACGAGAUCAGUUUGAAAGCGAUAAGUUGUCAUACUUCACAGGAGACCAGAAAAAGAUUGAUCGGUUUAUCAAGGCAAUCAAGAAUGAAGAAGAGUUGGAUAAAGUCAUUCCUAUCGGAUCUACAUCACAGUUAAUUACUAAAACUGAUUGGGCUUACUUUCUACGAUCUAUAAAGUUGAAGUUCCCUAAUUUGCGUACUUCCAGGAAGCGAAGCUUAAAGCUAAUAACGCGGAAUAUGGCAUUAUUGGAGCGAUCUGAGUCAGAUGGGUUAUGGUCUCAAGCAAGUACCAUGCCCGAGACAGAGCUUUCAAAUGAGGAAAUCAAAUGGCUAUAUGACUUGCACGAUGACGAAAUAGAAAGUACAAGCAGCUUUAUUGAAGAUGAUGUCAAUGAUAACGUGUUUGUGCUAACCCUCUCUCAGAAUAUGGACUCUCAAAGACAGCCUCCAGAAAUACUGGACUCUGAGCAAUUCUUUCAUUCGGCAAAAAGUACAGCUUCAAAUCUGCAAUCUUUAGAGAUAUUCAGCGAAGAAGUUAAUAAUGGGGCCGAUAUAGUGGUGAUUCUGGACUCUGAAUCUGAAGCAGAACAACUCACCAUCUCCGACUCGAAGUCUGCUACGUGCUCUCAGUCACAAGUUCAAUCUGGUCAAGCAUUUAUUCAAGUCCAAGAAAGUAUAUACAAACCAGACAUUGAUUUGCAUUCACACCAGAAGGAGCUUGAUCCUCUCAUAUCUUUUCAAAGCUUUCCAUUUGCUGAUAGUAAGCGAAGAACGUUUAUGAGUCAGGAUACUCCUAAUCCGAUUCAAGUUAUAUCAUCAUCCACUGGUAAGUCUCCUUCGGUACCGUCAUCUCCUCCUCAGCACAAACGUAAAAUUAUUGAAGUAUCACCUUUUAAGACUCCAACCAAGAGAGCCAAACUAUUGAAUAAUGCUAUGUCACCAAAUGUAUCGCCCAUUAAAAUGAUACCCAUUUCAUCAGAGACAACUCCUGAACAUACUUUACCCAAUAAUGCCGAUGAAGAAAUCAUAAUUUCUGAUGUAGAGUCUAUCUAUUCUUCAGCACGAUCCACUAUAUAUUCUAAUCAACUACAAGAACAAGCAUCACCUUUAAAACGGCGGCAUUACAGAGAUACACUGAAGAAACAAUUACAUACAACACGACAUGAAGUAAAACAUCAGAUACCCAUCAGAGACUUUGAAGACAAAGAUAAUCACAUUUGGUUAAAGAAGGUAGGCGUGAAAGAAAAUCAAGUAAUCGAUAUAGAAGAGAUUAUUCCCGAUUCAGAAGAUGAUGAAGAGCCUCAAGAAGUAAGUAUAAUUGAAAUCACCAAAGCUGUAGAUGAACCUGAUAGAAGUAACGCGUCUAUUUUACAAGUGCCUUCAAGUCCUUCUGGUGAAUUGUUUUCUUCACAAGAGAUUCGGAAAUUCUUAGCUGAUCAAGAAGAUGAAGCUGUUGACUUCAAUACGUUUACGACUUCACAACUAAUGGAACAACUCAAAGAUUGGGGAAUGAAGCCGAUUAGAGGUCGUGAUCAAAUGAUCCAGAUUCUUACAGAAGCAAAUAAAUUGACCAUUAAUUCGCAGACUACAGCUGAAACUACUACAUCUACAAGAAUGCCCUCGAUUAAAAUUUCACCCACCCAACAAAUUAUGUAUGAGAAUUUAUCAGGAAUAAUUAAACUGAAUGAAUAUUGGUACGAGAAGAUUAUAAGUUUUGAACCUUUAAUAUUACCAGAAAUGAAAGAUUGGUUAGAGUCAAUAGGCUAUAAGCUAGAAUUUGAUUUUUUACAAAAAUAUUGUGAUGAAAAUGGCAUAUGCUGCACCAACCAACGAUACACCAAUUAG